GCUACACCGGGGCUCCGCCAGCCAUCUAUUCGGAUUUCCGGGGGCCACCGAAGCAGCAGGACGAUGGCCCCAGUGAUGCUACGAUGGGCUUUUUCAACACUUGCCCAUAUGCAUGUCGCACGGAGAGCACGCCAACGACGGGGUGGAUGAACCUGGGCUUGACCGGCGCGCUGCCGGGCGAGCAUCCCACAAAGGCGGGCGCCGCGCUGCCGAGUGGCGGGGCUACAGUGCUGGCGCUCCCGUCUCUCCAGAAGAUUCAGGACAUGCUCGAUCGGAAGAUGCCGCAUAUAGACCUCAGCAUCAAGCACCUGGGCAGUUUGGGCGUGAGUUGCGAGGAGAUCUGCGCCGUUUGGAUGGAGACGAUGAACAAAUUCGUGUCAACCGUGUUUCCUGGCGCACCCAUCGAGGCCAUGUGUCAGCUGGCAGCGGAGUCGCGGAGGGCUCUGGUGCCCAAGGGCCAGCUGGUGGUCGCCGAGGGCGCGGCUGGCGAGGACUCAGAUGCCCUGGUGCUGGUGGUGAGCGGUGUUGCCUCGGUGCUGAAGAAGGUCAGGGAGGAAGACGGCCAGGCGGAGCAGCAGACCGUGGGCCGCCUCCGCGGCGGGGCCAUCAUCGGCGACAUCAGUCUGAUCGGGGCAUCUCUGCCACGCCCUGCCACAGUUCGUGCCAAGACAGAUGUUGAGGUCAUCUUCUUUCCUGGCCGUUCCAUCUUGAAUGUGCUGGCCGCGUAUCCAACGCUCUUGCACCCAUCCACUGAGCGUUUGGUCGACACAGCUGAGUGCAUCAAGGAGCGAUUGCUCACCAAGACGGAAGUUGCCAGUUCGCUGAAUCUUUUCUUCGGAUGUGAUUUGGGCUUCGUGAACGAUGUGGCCAGCAGUGGGGAGCGGCGCUUGCUUUUUGCCGGGGAGACCGUUUUACAGCAGGGUGGCACAGCCGGCACGCUCUUUGUGCUGGAGCAUGGAAGUGUUGCCAUCCAGAUUGCCGGCCUUGGCACGGUGAACGAAGUGCCCACGGGCAAUUGCUUUGGUGAGAGGACUCUCCUUGGCAUUGCAAACGAAGCCAACGCCACAGUCCGAGUCUUCACACCCUUUGCCCUCGUCCUGGCAAUUGCUCGGCCGGCACUUCACAAAGCGCUGAAGAAGCAUCCUGUAGAAAUGGAGCACUUUGAACAGCUGAAGACCUCCCCACAGGGCGGCCGAAUCUCCGGAAGUAAGGUGCGGCAUGUGGAGCUCUUCCGAAGCUGCGGCGAGCGGUUCUUGGAGGCGCUGAAUGCGUCCGUCACCUCGGCCAUGUACCUGCACGGCCAGACCAUCGUGGUGGAAGGUGCGCUCGAAGAGGAUCCAUCAAUGUUUGUCCUCUCAGGCGGCAUCGUGGUGGCGGAGCGGGAGGGCCGCGCCAUUGCGCGCAUCUCGCCGGGAGCGACCUUCGGGGAGCUGGCCAUGCUGGGCAUGUCGCCGGAGCGCGCCGUGACCAUCCGCGCAGUGACGCUGUGCUUUCUGAUGAGCAUCCCUUCCUCGACUUUCCAUCAGGCCCUGGAGAAAUUCCCGGAGGAGAAGGAGCGCUUUGAUGGCGCCAGCUCUGGCAAGCAGAAAGAAGGGCCACGGGUGGUGUGGCCAUGUCUUCGAGGCGAGUCCUCUCGCUUGCUUUACCUUCUGGAUCUCUACGCCGAGAAGUUUUCAUGUCUUGCAGGGGACAGACAGCUGGGACAGCCUCCCUUCAAUGAGGCUGCAAUCCUGAUCCUCGAGGGGGAGAUCUCUGUGUUGAGUCCGGAAGGCAAAGAACUUGCAGUCCUCACAGCGGGCUGCUGCUGGAACGAGCGGAUCCUGGCUGGAGCUCGAGCCAAGCAAAGUGAGCGACUCCUCCCCAUGACCAAUUGCGAGGUGCGCAUUGUGAGUCGGGAGACCUGGGGCAAAGUCAUGGCAGAGUUCCCCAGCGACCUGGGGAAGGUUCGGGCCACCAUCCUGAAGUACAUGGGCGAGCAGGCCGAGAAGCGGCUGGGCUACGAGCCGGGGUCCUGCACGCUGCUGCGCGAGACCGCCUUCUUCUCGGCGGUGUCCUUGGACUUUGCCAAGCAGGCGCGAGCCAUGGCGGAGACAAGGAUCAUUGAGCCUGGCUGCGACAUUGUGCCGGAAGCGCUGGUGACUGAGCACUUGCAGACCAAAGAGACCAAAGAGACCAAAGAGGCUGCGGUGGAGUUCCAGUUCAUUGAAGGAGCUGUACAUAUUCUUGCACGGGACUGCGACCUUAUGCUGCCCCCUCCGAGGCGAGCGGAGAUGGCAGUGCGGGGAGGCGAGUCACUGAGUCUGGCCGCGGCGGGCUACCGGGCCACCGGGCCACCGGGUUACCGGCGCGCGCCGCUCCCGUCGCGCCCGGUCGCGCCCGUGAGGUCAUUGGAGAGGCCGCCUUC